AUGACGAUUAAACAGAGCACGAUCUGCACCUUGAUCCAAGGGUUCCCGGUUCUGCUGAUACUUGCUCAGAAGUACAACAAAUGUCUGACUACUCCAUUCGAGUACAAACCCCCAAGUCCCACUCAUUCCCCAGAAUACUACGAGGCUUUGGAUGCUCUGUACCACACUUUAUUUGGCCACGGAUAUGAGCAUGGUUACGAUCACGGACAUGAUAUUUACGGCUACGGAGACCACGGACACGGCUCGGGACAUCACGGCUAUGGCUCUGGCCAACAAGGGCAUGACACUACCUACCACGGUUAUGGGAUGGGUCAUCAUGGACACGGCACGUCUUAUCACGGCCAUGGGACUGAUCAUCACGGACACGGGACGAGCUAUCACGGGAAUAAGUACCCUGGCAGCUCGUAUGGGUCUAAGCCUUCUUACGGCUCGUCUUACAAGCCGUAUCACGGGUACCCUGUACACCAUGGACACACGUCUCACGGAGUGUAUCACGGAGUUAAGAAGAUGUAUAAUCACACGGGUGUGAAGGGUCAUACGACGUACGCUCCCAAUCAGACGUAUAACGUACAUAAGUACAAGGUGGUUGUGAAGAAACCCAAACGGGGCCAUAGGGGACACAGAGGACACAAGAGGAGAUCGGGGAAAAUUGAAGGUAAGUAG